UGAAUAUGCCACAAGUGGAUACAUAUGGUACACAGCAACCCAUUGCUCUUCUCAAGUUGUUGCUGGAGAAAGGAGGUAUGUAUGACAGAGGGAAGGACCUUAACUGGAAGACAUUUAAAGAUAUUGGAUUUAUAGCAGCUAUGGGAAAGGCAGGUGGGGGUAGGAAUGAAGUGGACCCAAGGUUCAUAUCGUUAUUUAGUACAUUCAACGUCACAUUCCCAUCCCACGAGUCUUUAUUCCACAUAUACUCAGCUAUACUGGCUGGAUACCUCAUCCCUUUCAACACUAAAGUACAAUCACUUGCUAAGACACUGACCACAGCAACACUCGAGUUGUACCAACGAGUAGUGAGGGACCUCCCGCCCACUCCUUCUAAGUUCCAUUAUAUAUUUAACCUGAAGGACCUGUCUAGGAUCUAUCAUGGACUCUCACUGAUUAAACCCGACAGGUUUGAUGAUCCUCCAUCUUUAGUUAGAGUUUGGAGGAAUGAAUGCCACAGAGUCUUCUAUGAUAGACUCACCAACAAUAAAGACAGGAAUAUUGUUAAAGUAAUAACCAUUGAGAAUAUACCAUUAUUGGCCUCGCCUACGCGAGAUAUGAUAGCCCAAACUAAUUGUGAGUUUAGCUGA